AUGACAAGCAUUAUGACAGCCAAUUCACCAGAACUCACAAGAACAUCUAGUAUUAGAAAGGAUGAUAGAAAUUUGAAAACAACACCACGAAACACAACUGCAUCGUCCCUACAUCAGCCCUUAGAAUUCAAAAUCAAACGUUCUUCUUCAUUAUCUUCAAAUGCCACCUCAUCCUCCGAAACUUCUGUCAAGAGAUCAAGUUCUCUAAGAAAUAGCACCAGCACAACCAAAGGGUUGAAUAUAUAUGCGGUUUCACCUUUACACAACUCUGCCACAUGUGAAACACCGACUGAAAGCAAAUCGCAUCAACGAAAGCUUUCCAGUUAUGCCCUGCCAACUUUGACGCAGGUUUCAGAAUCUGACUUCCCCAAUACUAAUCAAAAUCUCAGAUAUGAUGUACCGUUACCAUCGCAAGACAAAUUGAUAGCAAUGAAUAUUGACGAACAAUUGAGGUAUUUAGCAUUAAAGGAAAUGUGUAUUGUUGAACUAAAAGACAAUAUCAAUAAUUUAAAUAACAAAUUGAAGCACCACAACAAGGAAUUACAUAAAUUGCGAGAGAUUAUACAGAGAUCUUUAUACAAGGAACUAUCAUCGGAAAACACAGCCACUAAAAAUAAUCAAUCGCAAAACAACAGACCAAGACAAAACAGUAAUCCUAGAGAUGAAGCAAUUGCAAGAACAAGAACAAGAAGACGAUCAUCAUUAUUUCAGGACAGUCGAGAGAGCCACCUAGAUGUUUCUAAAAACAAUACCGUACCUAAUACUUCUACUACUCAAGAAUCAUCAUCGAAACUUUGGAGUGGAUUAACUAAACCUCUAGACUUGAUACAACAAUUUGACAGCAUGCUACAAAAUGAGUUUGAAAAGUCCUUGAUCAAUGAACGUGACCAAAAGCGACAACUACACAGUGACAAUGGAAAGCGUUUAUCGCAUCAAUCCAAAUCUUCAGAGGGUUCUAUAUCAAGUAUCGGGUCUAUCAAUUCACCAUUACAAGCAAAGUCCAAGGCCUUCGAACAGAAAAAGAGUAAUAUGAAUAGCAGAACCACAACCGAUGACAUGUUGCAGAAUGUAUCCUCAUCCAUAUGGUCAUUUGUCAAUGAUGUCAAGAACAAUGUAUUAUCAUCGUUAAAUGAAGUAGAAAGUGAGACACGAUCGAAGCCAACAGCAAUGUAUAACCUCGAAACAGGCUCAGCAGUUGACAUUCGAAGGCCACCAAAGCUAACAGCUAACGAAACAGAAGGUGACUCUGAUACCGAUCUACUAGAGCCUGUGGCAAGUGAUGACGAAGAUAAUCUUGAGACAUUGGAUUUAUCAAUUUAUAGAAGAUGA